CGUUAAAGACUCCCCCCAAAUCGUAUCGUCCCACUUCAGGGAGCCAUAAUCACCUCUCUCGGGCUUCAGCGAGACAUCUCAUUGGACGUCAACACGCGACCAGCGCGAGGAGGGGGGCUUCCUGACGCGUGCCGCCUUUUAAACGGACGCAGCGCCUUGAGACACCAGAGACGGAGUCCCGCACGCGACUGUCUGACUACAGCAGCGUCACCACAAACUUUUUUAAAAAUAAUAAUUAUUAUAAAGUUAGGGAAAACAAGUUUUUUAGUAGGAGGGUGGGCGGAAAUAUGGAUGUGUUGUCUGUGGAAGGUUGGAGCAAAAGCGCGCGGGAGGUGGCGUCAUCCCUGGACGCACUGCAGCAGGAGCGCGUGAGCCCCGGGCUGAUGGAGGAGCGGGGAGGCACGCAGCAUUUGGAGGAGUCCCGCUACGAAUGCGGACUCGCGCUCGUGGACAGCGGCGGUGACCCACGCGCCUGGCUGGCCGAGGCUCCUGGCACCUGUGCGGCACGCGCCACUUCACAGCACCACCUGCGGCACUCGCCGUGCCCCAGCACCGGCUCCUACCAAGAGAGCGGCUCCCCGGGGUCCUCGGGUCCUCCCAGCCCCCCCAACCACAGAAAAUCCGCCAAGAGCCCCUCCUCUUCCUCGCUCAAAGUCAGAGACCUGUGCCGCCUCAAAGGAAUGACCGCGGGACCCGAAGCGGACGCCUCCGCGAGACAGAGAGCCCCCUCCAGCAAGCCGGUCAACGGGGUCCAGAGACAGAGACGCGUGGCCGCCAACGCGCGCGAGAGAAGGCGCAUGCACGGCCUGAACCACGCGUUCGACGAGCUGCGCAGCGUCAUCCCGGCGUUCGACAACGACAAGAAGCUGUCCAAGUACGAGACCCUGCAGAUGGCGCAGAUUUACAUCAACGCGCUGGCCGAGCUGCUCCAGGGCCCGGCGGCGGCGGCGGCCAGCGACGAGUCCUGCGACAUCACGCUGUCACCUGCCGAUGGUUUCGAGGGGACCGAGGAGGGGGCCUCUCAGCCCGCAGCCACCUGUAGGACAGCUGUUCACAUCGGCGGGAUGCCGUUCCGUUCCUCCCUCCAGGAGGGCGCGUUCUCCGCCGCGGCAAAAGAAGUCCUGUGCUCCCGGGAAGGUGCGUCGCAGUUCGGCGUCGGAAGGAAAGGCUCCCCCCGCAGCGAUGGGGAGUUCUCCCCUCAUUCCCACUUCAGUGACUCGGAUGAACUCGCAGUGGAGCUUCACUCGAGCGAAGAAGAUGAUCUUUCAGAACUCAAACUGGCCCGCCACCAUCAGAACACCGGGUCUUUCUGAAUGAUGAGAAAUAAGCACACAGACUACAUGAAGGUUCACUACAAUAAGAACAGGCCUGAUUCCCGUAAACAGUGUCAAUCAUACACAUACAGUCUGGGAUUUUUAGGAUUUCUUUUUUUUUCUUUUUCUUUUUUUAAUUUUUAAACAAAAAAGUCAUUUUUAAUCCAUUAAUUGUAUUUUAUUUUUUUAUGUGAGAUACAGGCCUAAUUCGGUUCUGCCAAUAAAUAUUUACAAUAUUGUCACUAGAGACGUGGGCGGAAGACCCCCCUGCCAUGUCGCGCUCAGCACCGCCACGGGCAUUUCCCACGUCCCUCCAACRAAAACCUGCUGUCUUCCACUCAACUUCACGGAAAACACUGUCACGUUUUGCUCAAAGUUGUUAAGAGAAGAACUGUUUUUAGUUUAUACGUUUUGAUGUGAUUUGUGAUACCUUUCUUUGUGUAAUGUAUUUGAUUUUGCAACUUCUAAAGUUUAUGAUGUGCACUUUAUAAACCUUCAGGCCAGAGGCUUCUGAUUUGCGGUUUUUGUUCCCCAAACAUUUUUUUGUUACAAUUUGUUUGCUAUAGUGUAGUACUGCCAACCCCAAAAUAGCCUAUUUAAUGUAGCCAUCAAUGCUGCCUUUUUUUCUUUUCUUUUUUUUAUAUCAUCAGACAAGCAUGUGUUUUUUCUUUGAUUGGUUAGAUUUAUGUAUUUAUUAUGUUGUUGUUUGGUUUUUAUAACUCUGUAGCUGAAGUUGCUGGAAUAAAAU